CUGUCGCAUGGCCAAUCAGUUUGCCAAUCACUUUCUGCAUUGCUCUUUGCUCGGACGUAGUAUCGCCCAGCAUUAAACCUUAAUAUUAGGUUCAUUGGUUGGUUUUUAAACCGUCUAGUACAAAGUCUAUAUGACAAUAAAACAAGAAUGUGUGUUUAAUACUCAGUGAAUUUAAGUUUUCAUUCAUCAUUCAUCGUUGCUACUGUGCAAAAGUCGUGACCCAAAAAAAAUCUACUGCUGCUUGUCCUCGCCACAGACACUUUCACUAAACCACCUCCACACACGUCUAAUAGGAAUAAUUGUGCAAUAAUAACAGAAACUUAAGAUGUCUACGCAGGAAAAGGAAAAGGUCAUUCGUGUUGGUUCACGAAAGAGUGAGCUAGCGCUCAUUCAGACUAAACAUGUCGUCGGAAGACUGCAGAAACUAUAUCCGAAGCAGAAGUUCGAGAUACAUACCAUGUCUACAUUUGGGGAUCGUGUGCUGAACGUUUCGCUGCCGAAGAUUGGGGAGAAGAGCCUGUUUACCCGGGAUCUGGAGGAUGCGCUGCGUAAUGGCGGCGUUGACUUUGUCGUUCAUUCGCUGAAGGAUCUGCCCACGGCGCUGCCAACGGGCAUGGCUGUGGGCGCAGUGCUGGAACGCGAGGAUGCACGUGACGCAUUGGUGCUGCGCGAGCACUUAAAGGGUCACACCAUUGCCUCGCUGCCCAAAGGCAGUGUCAUUGGCACAUCUUCACUGCGUCGCACGGCACAGAUUCGUCGUCAGUAUCCGCACUUGAUAGUGUGCGACAUUCGCGGCAAUUUGAAUACGCGUUUGGCCAAGCUGGAUGCCAAGGACUCGAAGUUCGCGGGCAUUAUACUGGCGCAGGCGGGUCUCGUGCGCAUGGGCUGGAUGAGUCGCAUCAGCCAGGUGCUGGAGCCCACAGAUCUGCUCUACGCCGUCGGCCAGGGCGCUCUGGCCGUCGAGUGUCGUGCCAACGAUGCUCAUGUGCUAGGCAUGCUGCAGAGGCUUAUGUGCCUAAAUACUACGUGCCGCAUUUUGGCCGAACGCAGCUUCCUGAAAACUUUAGGCGGCGGAUGCUCUGCUCCAGUUGCCGUUUGGAGCAAACUGAAAGGCGAGCCAAACACCAUUAACAAUGCUAACAAACAGCAGCUGAAGCAGCAGCAGAAUCAGGAGGAAGAAGUGGGCUUAUCGCUUACAGGUGCCGUCUGGAGUCUUGAUGGUGCUAUUGAGAUACGCGAGCACCUGGAUUGUGCCUUAAAUGAGUCGGAAACAGAAAUACAGCGACGCAAACGUGCCGCCGGUAAUGAGGAACAGCAACAGCAACAGCAGGCCCAGGAAAUAGCCAACGGUAAUGACAGCAACAGCUGCGAUUCCCCGCCAUCAAAUAAGCGUGCACGGAAUGGCAACAAUUCGCUUAGCAAUGGAAAUGAUAAUGGAAAUGGCAAUGGGUCUGGCUCGGGAUCCGAUUCUAGCACGAAUAGUCCACGUCAACAAGGCAGUCCACCAGUCAUAUGCGAGGAUGCUCCAGUGGCAGGCUACUCCAUGGAGGAGCUGAUCGAGCGUCACAUCGAUCUGGCACGCAAGUGCCCCGUGGUUGGUCACGACAAUAACAAUACAUUGGGCGCUGGCGGAGAUGCAGGUGGCGGUGAUGCUGACACCAGCAAUGCCAAUUCGUCUGUUCACUGCCCGCUGCAGAUGAACGUUGGCCAGGAUUUCAUGGGCGAGUGUCCGUUUGUUGACAACGAGACAAAGAUUUCGUAUGCCAGUGCGGGGAAGUGCCCGGUCACACACAUUAAUGCGUUAUCUACGCUACCGCCCAGCAGUGGCGAUGAGCCGGAUAAUGUAUCGAUGACGCUGACGCCAACGCCGACGCCGACGCCGACGUUGACAACGGCGACAACGUCUUCCAAGUGCCCAUUCUCUGCCAUGCACCAAGGCAGUGGCCUCGAAGUCAGUCAAGAAAAAGCGGGUCACGCCAAAUGUCCGUUCCUCCAGAAGACAGUGCAAAUGUUCGAUUAUGCCGAUGAGGAGCAGCCACAGCCGCAACAGCUUAAACUGCCUGUGCUCAUUGAGGAUGUGGACAACUUGUUUUGUGGACUCUAUCAACAUGCAUGCCAUAGCAGGGACAUCUACGUGAAGGCCAAUUGGCUGGGCCAAACUCUGGCCGAGCGACUCAUCGAGAAGGGCGCACUCGAUGUUAUGAAGGUGGCCCAAGCUGAGAUUCAUAGCAAGGUCGGAUCCUGAGAAACAGGCAAACGCUGCACCUGUAUCAUCAUCAUAAUCCAUUCUAGAGUACACAUUAAGUAGAAAAGUUGAACUAGUAAAUUGUUUUCAUUAUUUGUUUUGUUACGCGCGGGAUCUGCGUAAAUCAUUUCUGUUGGGAUUUUGUCUUAAGGCUACACAUAAAUCAUAUUGCAACGCAUGUAGAAAAAAAAAAAACAAAUAUAUAUCUAAUUUUAAUAUAUAUAAAUCUAUAUCUAUAUAGAAAGUGCUCUGCUAGACAAACUGCUCUCAAAUUGUUGUUGGUUUUCUUUUUUGUAAAUUACAUUUACGCUUAUUGUUUAUCUUUACAUGAAAGUCGGAACAAUAUAUAAAAACUAAAAAUAUAUAUUUUCUAAUUAACUGUGUCCAUUUUGUUGGGUUAUUUAAGGUUUUGUACUCAUUACAAAAAGUUUCAUCUUCUUAAAAAAA